UAGUAGUCCUGGUGGCCCUGGCCAUCCGAGAACAGGGGUCUUGAAAAAACAAAAUACUCAAGCUGGAGGAGAAAUCGCUGGAAAUAAAGCGGGCAAAUUUAAGGCAACCAACUAAGCGUCCUUGGCUGCAUCAUCCUUGGCCCUUUUCCAAACGGCGAAAGGUCGCCAAAAGGCGAAAGGUCGCCAAAAGAUGGCGUCAGUGAUGCAAAAACGAUAAUCAGAAUUCUAAUAAAACUACCCGAAGAUCUCUCACUUUCCACAACGAUGGAGACACGACUAGGGUAGGCGUUCUGAAACGAGGUUCGUUGCUGGAAGAUGGAAAGUAUGCAUUGGGCCAAAGCAAGAACCCUGUAGACUUCUUGAAAUCGUCAGGCGGUGGAGAACAACAUCAGAGGCAUCAUCCUCACGGUCCUCUUGGUGGCGGCGCAGCAUCCAACGUGACGUCUUCAGCAGGUGAAAGCAUCGUUCAUCUUAAGGCUUCCACAAACCCAUCCUGUUGAGACCCUCGUUGGUGGAAGUGAUGAGGUUCCACCUCCUGAGAGCGUUUAUUUGAUAAGGUGGAAAUAUCGGUAGGGGCCGCCAUGUUGCGUUUCAACUUCAAGAUGGAUUUAUGGAAGGUCCAAUCAUCGUGGCGGUGGAGUGGCGAGUUUCCAUAGUGUGCGGUCAGAACAUUCAGAAGCCGCUUCCUCAGUCGUGCCGGAGAUGGUGCGGACGUUCGGGAACUACAACAAUUUCGCAGCUGCAAACAAAGCAGGCGCGAAUAUGAUCUAUCAGGACUCACCGGGAGGGAGUGUUUACGAAACUGUACUUACAGAUAAUUCGUACUCGUAGUACAUUACUAGUACUACAACAUGAGUCCUCUGAGGGACAGUGACCAGAAGUAGAUCCAUUCUACUCAUUUUUUUAGUAGUGACUACAUUCAUUGUUCAUCACAUUCUCUAUUAUUCUAAUCAUCUGACGAUUUCGACGAGCCAGCCACUUACAUGCAAGGGAGCAUACCCCGGGUUAUACCUCCAGGGGCGGGUCGGUACACAGGCGCCGCCGAACGAACAGUUACUCUGGAAUUAAGGCUUCUCCUAAUCCAUCUCGUAAAGCAUUCCUUUCCGGGGAGGCUUUCCGUUGCUUCUCUUUGCAGGCCUCUCGUUGCUUCUCUUAACAGGCCUCUCGUAAAGCAUUCCUUUCCGUUCUUUCAAGGGGGAGAAGGUCUGCUCAGGAUGUGAUCGUCAGGAGGGUUUAUGGUUAGGAGCCCUAAUGGAGGAGAUCUUUCGGCAACAGGAAGAGAGUGGCUGUAGGACCUCUCAAGGGACUGAGUCAGCGGAAGCCAUCGCCGCUGGCAUGUUGGACAUUGGUGCUGAGAUAGAGGACGUGGACGAUUAAGGGUUCUUUCGACAUGAUUACAUCCUCCAGUAACUACAUGCUUGAUGACCUCGUCUCUUUGUUCAGUGGAAAAUAGGCCAAGCAUGUACGUGUUCUGAAGAGUGUAAUCAUGCUGCAACCUGCUUUAAGACUGUGCCAUUCUGGGAGAACGCGAUUACGAAGUCCUAGAACACAUUAGGAGACAGCAAGUCGAAGAUAGAAUCGAAUUGAAAAAGAACAUGGAGGA